CGCCGCCCACCACGCUGUGAAUGAUAUUGCGUCUGGCUUCAAUGCAAUAGCCACACGCGCGCCCGCUCCGCCAUGUGAGGCGCCGCCCCGCAGCAACACCAACAUGGAUCCCAACAUCACCAAGGCGCUGAACGACAAGCUGUACGACCGGCGCAAGAGCGGCGCCCUCGAGCUCGAAGGCCUGAUCCGCGAAGCGCUCGCCGCUGGCGACUAUGACCGGAUCCAGAAGAUCGUGCACCAGCUCUGCCACGAGUACGCCUAUGCCGUCCACCAGCCACACGCGAGAAACGGCGGGCUCAUUGGGCUGGCCGCAGCCUCGAUAGCCUUGGGACCGGCAGUUGCCCGAUACCUCGAAGAAAUAGUCCCCCCGGUCCUCGCCUGCUUCUCCGACCAGGAUGCCCGCGUCCGAUACUACGCAUGCGAGAGCAUGUACAAUAUUGCCAAGGUUGCAAAGGGCGAGAUUCUGGUCUACUUCAACCAGGUCUUUGACGCCCUGUGCAAGCUCGCGGCCGACUCAGAGCUCUCAGUCAAGAAUGGGGCCGAGCUACUCGACCGGCUGGUCAAGGACAUAGUGGCUGAAUCGGCAUCCUCCUAUGUAUCCGUCCUGCACGCUCCGGCGGAGAAUACUGAGGAAGCUACCGAUGGACAGGAUCGACCCGCCCAAGACCUCCCCACCGCCUUCUCGCUCGAACGAUUCCUACCCCUCCUCGAGGAGCGCAUCAAUGUCAUAAACCCCUUUACUCGCACAUUUCUCGUGGCCUGGAUCACGUUGCUGGACUCCAUACCUGACCUCGAGCUUGUCGCAUACCUGCCCCGUUUCCUCGCCGGCCUCUUCAAGUUCCUUUCCGAUCAGAAUCAAGACGUACACACUGCUACUCAGGUGGCCUUGGACAGGUUUCUGAGCGAGAUCGGCAAGAUUGCACGCAUAAAACGUGGCAUAGCGGAGAGCAAGAAGAGUUUGCGGGAGGAUGGCUUCAAGCACUCUACUUCCAGCAUCCAAAGCAGGGCAGACGCCUCGAGCGACGCGGAUGAUAGCACCACCCCGGAACAAAGAGGCUCCAUAGAUGAGAAGGACGACUCAAGUGUAGAGAGCGGAUCGAUCGCCAUCGAGGAUGAAAAAUCGGGCAAUGGAGAUGGUGACUGGGUUCCCGGACAAGACGUGCAAGUUGACCAUUCGAGGAUCCUUGAGAUCCUGGUCAUGUUCUUGGGGGCUCCUUUUGGGGACAAAGAGGAAGAGAAUCACGAGAUCCUGCUUACCACGCUGCGAUGGAUCGACAGCUUCUUCGAGAUUUGCCCCGAGGACAUCAUGCCGUUUGUACCAAGCCUACUAACGCACGUUCUACCCAGAAUGUCUCAUGACCUGGAUUCUGUCCGUCAAGCAGCAAACAAAGUUAACGCGUCGUUAAUGGACUACAUCAUGUCCCUGUCCGACGACAGUCGCCGCUCGGAUAGCACGGCAGCGGGCCAGAUACAGCUUCCCAAUUCCUUGUCCGCGCUUGGCAAAGAACUUACCGGCGUCGAGCGACGCGAUUCGAACCUUUCAAGUCGGUUAUUGAAAACUGUGAUUCAGGACCGCGCAGAAGUUAAGUCCGAGUACAGUAAGGGUACGAGGACGCCGACGCCAGCGGAGGAGCGUGGACCAUCACCGCGCCCCGUGCCGGAGCUGGACUACCAAGCAGCGGUCAACGCCCUCACACUACAAUUUCUGAAUGAGCAUGAAGCAACCCGUGUUGCAGCGAUCGCGUGGCUGAUCAUGCUCCACAGAAUGGCGCCUGGAAAAAUACUCUCCGUCGAGGACGGAACAUUCCCUGCGCUUCUCAAGACGUUGUCAGACCCCUCCGAGGCGGUGGUCACACGCGACCUUCUACUCCUAUCUCAGAUCUCCAAGAACAGCGAUGACUCCUACUUCACUUCUUUCAUGGUAAACCUCCUCAAGCUGUUCUGUACCGAUCGCCGGCUCCUAGAGAUGCGAGGCAAUCUAAUCAUUCGGCAACUGUGUGUUACGCUUAGCGCAGAGAGGAUAUACCGGACCAUGGCCGACUGCCUCGAGAAAGAUGAGGACGUAGAAUUCGCUAGCAUCAUGGUGCAGAAUCUAAACAACAAUCUCAUCACCGCUCCAGAACUCGCGGAUCUCCGAAGACGGCUCCGCAAUCUGGAUUCAAGGGACGGCCAGUCAUUUUUCGUAUCUCUCUUCAAGUCAUGGUGCCACAAUGCUGUCGCUACCUUCUCACUUUGCCUUUUAGCUCAAGCUUAUGAGCAAGCAUACCACCUCCUCCAGAUAUUCGCGGACCUUGAGAUGACAGUCAACAUGCUCAUCCAAAUCGACAAGCUGGUCCAGCUACUUGAGUCCCCGGUCUUUACAUACCUCCGAAUGCAACUCCUCGAACCCGAAAAAUACCCACACCUCUACAAGUGCCUUUAUGGCCUACUCAUGCUCCUGCCGCAAUCCUCUGCAUUCGCAGCAUUAAAGAACCGCCUGAACAGUGUCUCCGCGAUCGGGUAUCUCCACAUCGCGCCGCGCACUGCAUCGCAGGGAACCCCUGUAUCCAGCUUCGAGCGCCCGAACCGCCUCAAAGCCCGAGAAGACGGCGGCGUCAAGUGGGUCGAGCUUCUCGAGAAGUUCAAGAGCACGCAGGAGAGGGCGAGAAAAAGCCAGCGGAUGGCGAGUAUGGGUGAAGAUAUGGGUGUCAGCCCCGUACAAGAGAAAGAGAGGGGUCCGCCCGAGGUGCCGCCGAAGAGUGCGGGAUUGAGGGGUGGGCAAGCGCCAGCGGGGAUUAAUAGGCCGUUGCCUGUGCCGGCAGGGGCGCAGCCUGCUGGGCACAAGUCCAGGAGUAGUUUAAGUAAUCUGGGGAGGUUUGCGGGGGGUGUGGCCGGGAGGAAGAAGAAGUAGUUUUUUCGGGUUCGAUGUGUUUAGUAUUAUUCCCGGUUUGACCGGAAUUAGCGCUGGGACAGCCAUAGAUUGCAUGGCGGGAGUUGAGUCUGGACUUUUGGUAUCUUCAUUGCCUUCUGCAUAGCGUAUGCGGCCGGGAUUAAUGGGUUUUUUUUUUAACGAUGCUUCCCCUUCCUAUACCUUAUGCACUCUUCGGGCUUGCCUUUCAACCCUCCCGACACAGGGACUUCUUUGUUGCUGUCCCUAUCAAUCACCCAGCUCUGGACAAUCUCCUUGAUCUCAGGCUUCUUCUUCUCCCUCCUCUUCGCCUCCUUGACUCGCCGCACAUACCCACUAUACACCGCCACCUCCGCAAUCGCAACAGCCCCGCUCCCACCCAUACUCAAACCAAGCCUCUUCGCGACGCUCCAAUGCCGCGCUGCCACCCAUAUAAACACCGCACACGCUACUAUCGACACCAAAACAUUGAUGAUAAGAAUCAUCUGGCGGUGCACCUCCUC